GGCGGGAUCGAGAGGAUGUGGCGGGCCCGUGACGGUUAGGGCUCCAGCUCUAGAAAACCCAGGUGCCGGUUGCACUUCCGGGUCUGGUUUUUCCAAGGCCGGGGAAAACUUGGCCACGCCCUCUUUGCAGCGGCCGUAAAGUGAGUCUACUCGGCGCGGCCCCGCCCCUUCCGCGUAUUUUGUGACGCAGGCGCCCUGGGCUUUUUGAGCGGGAAAAGGAAGCCAGGCAAACUAAGUCAGGUGCCAAGAAGACUUGCUUCUUUCGUGGAGCCCUUCCGCUUCUCAGCAUGGGGCUGUUGGCGCAAUGCGAGCAGGUGUUCGGUACCGCCGACCUUUACCGGGUGCUGGGCGUGCGGCGCGAGGCCUCAGACGGCGAGGUUCGUCGCGGCUACCACAAAGUGUCCCUGCAGGUUCACCCUGACCGGGUGGACGAGGGAGACAAGAAAGACGCUACCCUCCGGUUCCAGAUCCUUGGGAGAGUUUAUGCGGUUCUAAGUGACAAAGAGCAGAGAACAGUGUAUGAUGAGCAGGGAACAGUGGACGAGGACUCUACGUUGCUCAACCAAGACCGCGACUGGGAGGCCUACUGGAGGUUACUCUUUAAAAAGAUAUCUCUAGAGGACAUUCAGGCUUUUGAAAAAACCUACAAAGGUUCUGAAGAAGAACUGGCUGAUAUUAAGCAGGCCUAUCUGGACUUCAAGGGUGACAUGGAUCAGAUCAUGGAGUCUGUGCUUUGUGUGCAGUACACAGAGGAACCCAGGAUAAGGAACAUCAUUCAGCAAGCUAUUGACGCCAAAGAGGUCCCAUCCUAUAAUGCCUUUGUUAAAGAGUCAAAACAAAAAAUGAAUGCAAGGAAAAGGAGGGCUCAAGAAGAAGCUAAAGAAGCAGAAAUGAGCAGGAAGGAGUUGGGGCUUGAUGAAGGAGUGGAUAACUUGAAAGCACUCAUUCAGAGUAGACAAAAGGAUCGGCAAAAGGAAAUGGACAAUUUUCUGGCUCAGAUGGAAGCAAAAUACUGCAAACCUUCCAAAGGAGGAGGGAAAAGAUCCGCUCUCAAGAAAGAAAAGAAAUAAUGGAAUUUUUCUCUUCAAAGAUCCUUAAGCUUUCAUCAGUGCCACUGGAAGCAAGGUGUAGUCAA